AAGAGGAAAGGGAAGAGACAAAAAAUGGAGCUGGACAAUGUCAGACCAGCUGAAGUUGUCUUCAAGAAAAAGCUUUUUGCCUCUGAGUUCUCUGAGGUAUUCCUCACUGUUGUUCGCGGACAGCAAUGUGUCAUGAAAGUGCAUCACGGACGAGGUCCACGACGAUACUAUGAGCCAGAUCGCGAACUCAACAUCCACAUCCUUGAGUCGACUGCCUACCGUCGUUUGAAAGAGCGAGGAAUAUGUGAGCAACGGAUCGUCCCUCAAUUCUUUGGCACCAUGGUCAAGUUUGAUCCAAAGCCAUGCCAGCCUUACCUACGCACGUUUGUCAACGAUGAAUACCCACCCAGUGCCAUCUUCCUGGAAUACAUCCCAAACCUUGAGAUGCUCGGCCUUAACAACUACACACAAGCUCGGAUGAACAAAUUUCUUGAGGGCAUCCGUGAGAUACACAAAGCGCUUGUAGAGCAUGGAGACCCAAAACCCAGGAACAUGCUCAUCGUCAAGGACGACCCUGAGCGGGUUGUUUGGAUUGAUUUUAAUCGAGCAAAUACCUAUGACGAGCACCGCAUCACAGACAGAGAGCGAGCUUUUUUGGACGAGGAAGAAGAAACAGUUGAAGGCCUUAAAAUGUGUUUGCCGACCUUCCAAAAGGGAGACUCAAACAAGCGUACAUAUUCUACUGUACAUGAUGUAUCCCAUCUUUCCUCCUCACCCAUGUGUCAUCCUAUCUAUCCAGCGCGAAACAGGCAACCAGAGCCAGAGCAAUGCCUCCGACAACUUGGACGACGAUUAUGUUGCGAGCAGAAGUGAGACCAUCAAAGCGGCGCAAGCUUUGCUCGCAGUUGGCUGUUACUACGCAAUCUUCAGCUCCCAGGGGUUGUGCUGGUGUCUGCUGUGAUGCAGAAGCUCCCUGAGUUUUGCGGAGAUUCUUCGCAGGUGGUACUGUUGUAGGCUGGAAAAACUUUCGGUUGUAGCUCAUUCUAAGCCACGGGAUGAUGAGAGUUGGUCUUGCUUGCCUUGUUUGUUUUGAUAGACAGUCCGAGCCAGACCUGUCCCAAAUCCAAUUUGGCGUCGGUACCCGCUAGUUAUCCCAUAUGGCACGUGCCCCUGACCUACCUAGAUAUAACCAAUCCGCUCUAUCGUGAACAAGGCUGGCUGUGUUAGAAACACCAAUCUCUGCCUGCCACGACGGACGCAGGAAAGUUCAUGGAGAGAGAAGGGGGGCAGCAUCGAGAAU